UAAUUAUUACAUAUAUUAUUAAAAAUAAUAAAAAUUAUGUCGGAAAGAGAGUUGGAACCAGAAAUCGGCGGAUUUUUUCGCUUGAAUUUGUUGGCUGUGCGAAAGGCGAUUCGCCAACAGGACUUUAAGAAAUUCGCCGCCCUCGAAUCGAAUGCCGAGAGAGUAGCUUUCGUCCUGAGCUAUCCCGAGGCUCACCAAUUGUCCCUGGAUGUGGAGAAGCCCAUGGUUAAGGACAGCAGUGGUGCUAUUCAACUGAAAGAAACUGGAAACAAGCUUUUUGGUCGCGGCGAAUUUGCAAAGGCCUUGGAGGCUUAUUCGAACGCAGUACUUUUAGCACCGUCAACAGAAUUAAGUGUCAUCCUGGCGAAUCGCUCGGCCACGCUGUAUCACUUGGAACAUUACGAGCAUGCGUUGGAGGACAUGGAGGAGGCCUUGCAACUCGGUUACCCAAAGGAUCUCUUUUACAAACUCGAGGAGCGACGGGCCAGAUGCCUGUUGGCUUUGAAGAGACACGAUGCGGCGAUCGAGGCGUUCAGACGAGCUCUCCAGACUCUGGACGAUGCCAGGAUAUCGUUGGAGCGCAAACAGAAAUUUGAAGCGGACAUCAGGAUGAUGCUCGCGGUGAUGGAUAAGGGCAAACAGCUCAACAAAAUCGCCCCGAAUAAUCUCUCGCGAGUUAAUAACAAGCCAAGUCUGUCCAGUCAACGUUCCCAAGAGAAUCGCGGUAAGUUUAUUCUCGAGAAGCAAAGGAAUCCUCGAUAUCCUGCUUGCAAUAGCGCAGUGGAGAUCAAGGACAACGGAGGUGACGUGGGUAGACAUGCUGUGGCAACCAGGGAAAUAGUGCCUGGGGAGAUCAUAAUCGUGGAACGACCGCAUUGCGCGUUUCUGUUGGCGGAGAACAGGUUCACACAUUGUCACUUAUGCUUCGCGAGGAUAUUUGUGCCAGUUCCUUGUCGCACUUGCAGCUGCAUCAUAUAUUGUAGUCGUCGUUGCAGAGACGCGGACGCCCAAGUGCAUCUGCGGGAAUGCAAGUUGCUGCCGAUCCUGUGGCGUUCGAAGGCUUCAGUGACGUGUUUUCUAGCUUUAAGGGCGAUCACACAGAAAUCCUUGGAAGAAAUUAUGAAGCUAAAGAAACAGCUCGUGGAUUCCGGAAGCGCAUUGAACAUCUCCGCGAAGAAUCCGUAUCGAGGGAAUGAUUACAUGACUUUCUACAAUUUAGUGACCCAUGAAGACAAAAGAUUGCCAGAGGAUCUUUUUCACAGAGCUUAUAUGGCAGCUUGGCUGUUCAGAUUGCUAAAAACGAGCGAAUACUUGCCGGAAAGCAUGAAAACUGCUGAUACAGCGCACAACAAAUUAUCCAACGAGGAGUUGUUCAUCGCGGAGUUACUGUUACACAAUUUACAGUUGCUGCAAUUCAAUUCGCACGAGAUUUCGGAACUGAUAAAACCAAAAGGGGAGAAGACACUCUCUAAGGCCAAAAGUAUAUUCAUAGGCGGUGGUGUUUAUCCUACGGUAGCGAUGUUAAAUCAUUCAUGCAAUCCUGGUGUAAUACGGUAUUUUAUCGGCACGACUAUGGUUGUUCGUGCCGCUCGGACAAUCAGAGCGGGUGAAGAGAUUUCUGAAAAUUACGGUCCGAUCUUCACAACCACGCCCGAAAAUGAACGAAAGAGAAGAUUGAGAGUCCAAUAUUGGUUUGAUUGCAAUUGUGAAGCGUGCUCGGGGCACUGGCCGCUUCUGGAAGAGUUAGAUCCAACAAUACUCAGAUUUAAAUGCGAAACUGGGUUGUCCUGUGGUAACGUGCUGUUGGUCAGAAGCGACACAAACGAGUUUAUGAUCGGAUGCGCGAAAUGCGGCAAGAGCACAAAUAUAUUGAAAGGCUUAAGAGCCCUCCAAGACACGGACGCACUUUUCAAAGUCGCAUCGAUGAAUCUCGAAGAAGGCAAAAAUGAGCUGGCAUUAAAAGCUAAUCUGGAUAUUUUGAAGCUGUUAGAUGAGACCCUGGCAUUGCCUAUCAGAGAUUAUCACAUCUGUCAGCAAGGAGUCAGAUUAUGUGCCCUUGCUUUAGGCAAUACAGCUUAUAUUUAAUCAUCACAGAGUCCUAAAAAAUCUACGUAGAAUAUUCAUAACGUAAAUUUUCUUUAUUAUGUGUUUUAUGAUUUUAUAUUAAUUUUUUAUUAAUUACAGGACAAAAAUAUAA